GCUCCGCCCCUCAGUUUAACUUCUGCUUUGACUUGUCUGUGUGUCGGCGGUUUAACCGUCAGAGAGCGAGACAGCGCCAACAGACUGACAGUCAUUUAUCAACACAGAGAAUCUGAUCACGUGACCUCCAUGGAUUACAGCAUGACCACGUUCCCCACAGAGGACCCGUCCUCCUCCCUCAGCCCCUCCCCUGGGACUGUGGACUACGACUACCUGGACCUGUUGUGUGACCGUGAGUCCGUGCGGGCGUUCCGGCAGCAGGUGGAGCCCCCGUUCUUCCUGUUGAUCACCUUGGUGGGCGGAGCCGGAAACCUGCUGGUGGUGUGGAUCUACCUGAACUACCGGCAGCGUCUGAAGACCAUGACCGACGUGUACCUGUUGAACCUGGCGGUGGCAGACCUGCUGUUCCUGGUCACGCUGCCCCUCUGGGCGGCCGAGGCGCUGCACGGCUGGAGGUUCAGCCUGGCCCUCUGUAAGGUGAACUCCGCCCUCUACAAGGUGAACCUGUUCAGCGGCAUGCUGCUGCUCACCUGCAUCAGCGUGGACCGCUACGUGGUCAUCGUUCUGCCCACCAAGGCACAAAACUCGCGGGGGGAGCGCCGCCGCUGCAGCCUGUUGGUGUGCUUGGGGGUGUGGUCUGUGGCACUGCUGCUGGCGGUUCCCGACCUGGUGUACGCCCACAUCACGGACGUGGACUCGCAGCAGUACUGCAGGAACGUCUUCCCGUCUCACCUGGGGAGGAGCGUGAAGAUCCUGCUGCUGUCCCUGCAGGUGAGCAUGGGCUUCUUCCUGCCCUUCAUCGUCAUGUUCUUCUGCUACAGCGUCAUCUUCAUCAAGCUGCUCAAGACCAGGAACUUCCAGAAGCACAAGGCCAUCCGGGUCAUCCUGGCCGUGGUGGUGGCGUUCGUCGUGUCCCAGCUGCCCCACAACGGCAUGCUGGUGAUGGAGGCUGCGCAGGCCAACAACACCACCAUCACCAACUGUGAGGAGAUGAAGCGCUUAGAUAAGGUGGGGCAGAUCCUGAAGAUCCUGGCCUACAUGCACGCCUGCCUGAACCCGUUCCUCUACGUCUUCGUUGGUGUGCGUUUCCGCCGGGACCUGCAGCAGCUGCUCUGUUGCCAACGCCUCCGCCGCCGCCAAUCCGCUAAGAGUCAGCUGAGCAAGUCUUUCAGGAGUCCGCUGAGCUCCACCAGAGCGUCCGUGAUGUCAGACAGCGACACCUCACAGGCUCUGUCGCUGUAGAGACCAUGACCACUUCCUGUUUGUGCAUCUGUGACACAACUGAUGACAUCACACGUCUUCAACUGAAACUGUUCCCCCAUUGGUUCCCCGUGGACUCCACGGAUUCAGGUGUGGUAGAGGUUUAUGUUUUCAGGGGCAGGAUCAGCGGGUGGGAG